AUGACUCGCGGUAACGUUUCGAGUCAGCGCGAUACGAGCGUUCGUCGUGUGCGCGCGUGGUUAGGUAUCGAUACGACACGUGCAUCGCGCCGCGCGCGUAUGCGUGCGCGAGGACGACACGGAGUCGCGCGAAGGUCAUCGCGCGAAACAGCUGGCGGCGGGUCGCGGAGAAGCGAGAUUCACUCGCGUGCGCGCCGGCUGGUAACGUGGAGAACACGUCGGAACGUCGAGGCGCCGUCGGACGGCCGUAGACGGGACGAGUGCGCGGAGCUGGACGCGAAAGGAAGCGUUCGUCGUCGCUGCGGCUUUAAUGAUGCGACGCGAUGACGCGCUCAAAGAUUCAGGAGAUGAAGUUCUUUGUAUUCCUGUUGAUCUUCCUGCUGGCGCAGACGGCGGUCUGCGACGGGAGUUCUCGCGAGAAGAGAGACGCGCCGUUAACCGCCGCCGGUGCGAAUAAAACGGCCUCGCUCCUGAACGAGAACAAGGGCGCCGACGUGAGGAGCAACAAACAGCCGUCGACGGCGCCGUCCCCCGUGCGUAAAGACGGUCGGCAGAAUCCAGCCGGAUCGUCCACCAACGCGAACAAGCCGCCGGUCGACGGCAACAAGACGCACGACGACAUAACCUCAAAAUCAUCGACGUCGGACGUCGCGAAUAAAACUGCGCACACCGCGAACACGUCCAAUGAAUCCAGCGAGGGUCACACGACUUUCAAUACUGGUGCUCUCAUACGUGGUUUCUUAGUCUUCGUUGGACUGAGUAUCCUGGUCAUGGCCUACAUCGUGUUCCGUAGCUUUAGGUUAAGUAAAACACGUGCCCAGUUGGUUCGGAAGUACGGUAUCCUUGCGCACAGGCAGGACGUCGAGAUGCGACCACUCCCAUUGGAGGAAGAGGACGACGAGGACACAACUGUUUUUGACGCGAGCAACGUGGUGACGACCAAUGUCCAACAUCAAAACGCAUAAAGAUGUUUCAUAUGGAAAGGCACCGUUUCCAUGUGUUUGAUGUGAACACAUGAAGCAUCGCUUUCAACAUCGCUACACACAAUUUUAAUUAAGAUCAGAGUAACUCUAUCGCAAUCUCUCAAGGUAGGUGCAGGACUACCAGUUCCGAGACAGAUUUGAAGGCAUUUUUUUAACGUCUACUUGAAUAAGGUUGUUUGCUUCGUGCGGUAAGAUUAUUAACGCGAAAUACGCAUCUGUGAUGCAUUUAUCAUUAACAUAUUAUGCUUGUCAGCAAUAGAUGUACUUUUACUAAAAAAAAGGGAAAGAAGAUAAAAAUACAGGAUAUUUCUACCAACAUUCUCCACCCUACUUGAUAUAUACUAUGUGAUAAUGCGGACUUUUAAACAUGUAUCAUCUGCGAGCUAAUGAGAAGUUAAUGAGGGUGGUUAUCUCUACUCUUAUAUACACAGAUUAUAUAUUCUAAUUAGUCUACGUUGUUGUAGUUGAAAUUAUACAAAUGCAGAUUGUCUCUAUUUUAUUUAAUGCUACGUUUAAUAAAAAUUCGACGGG